AUGAAAAGGAUUGUGCUAGCGAGACCAACUCAACUGAUACCUGCUCCAGAAGAAGUGCAGAGCUUCGCCGACAUACAGCAAACCGGACGAAUCAAUGUUCACUGCCCGGCUGACAAGAUCUUCAAAUGGAGCAAACUGGGUGAGCUUGUGCUUAUUUCCCAUUCUGGAAAUUUUGGUUCCCGGAUCUUCUAAGC